GCUCAGCCGCAGUUUAGCUCGGACCGUACUAGCAUAUAGAGUGAGGAGAAAGUCAGAAUGGCAACGUGCAACGAUUGGCAGUUGCUGCUACUCUUCAUUGGGCUGAUCCUCAGCCUGAGUCACGCCGCCAGCUGUGACGUGUCGGAGGCAGCGGAGGCCAUGGACGUUAGCAAAGCGCCCUGCGAGAAUUUCCAUGAGCAUGCCUGUGGCAAUUGGCAUGCGCCGUAUGGCCAACGAUCGCUGGGCGCCCACGACAUGCGUUCGAAGCUGCGGGCCAUGAACAAGCAGCUGCUGGUGCGCCACUUCGAGCUGAAUGGCGAACAGGAAGCGGAUGCUGAUCAAUUGGCCACGUUCUAUGGCAGCUGCAUGAAUGGCCGCCAGUCGGUGCAUGUCUAUAUGGAUGCUGUGCAGCAGCUGCUGCCGGAUUGGCCGCUGCUCAACAAUGCAACCAGCUUCGAUUGGGCGCGCGGCAAUGCGGCUGUGCGACGCUUCGGCGCCCAAGGCUUGUGGCGCCUCUCGGUGCAGCCCAAUUGGCAGGCAGACGAGCAGCGCGUCUUCUACCUGCUGCCGCCCAGCUUCGACCUGUUGGGCGCAACUGAGCAGAGCGAAUAUCUCUAUCAACGCUAUCUCAAGUAUUUGCUGCUGGAGCUGGGUCUGCGUGUGCGUCGGGCCGCCGCACUGGCCGAGCAGCUGGUCGGCUUUGAGCGGCAGCUGCGUGAGCUGGUGCCAAAGACGGCUCAAAAGCUUGUGUUGCACGCGCCGCAAACGUUGCAGGAGUUGGCCGCACAGCUGCCGCAGUUGCAGUUGCUCGACUACUUUCAAAUGCUGCUGGGCGAACAUUAUACGACGCAACUGUUGCUCGUCGCGGAUACGAACUACUUGCAGCGCUUGCAACAUACGCUACGACUGGCCGACCCCUGGAUCCUGUCCAGCUGGCUGCUGCUGCAGCUGCCGGCACACUUUGAGCUGCAUUUGCAUGAGGAUACGUCGCUGGCCGCUCAGCGUGAGCAUUGCCUGCAGCAGCUGAAUCAGUUGAUGCCGCAGCAAUUGUCGCAGCUGCAACUGCGCCUGCUGCACGGCAGCGAUGCGGCCGCCACAGAGUUUCUCAAUCGCACACAGCAGCAGCUGCAGCAGCUGUUCGGCACACUCAAGGCGCAAUUCCAACGUUUGCUCGAUGCCACGCCCAUAUUCGAACAGGACGCAGCGACGCAGACGUUGGCGCUGCAGAAGCUGCACGCCAUGCGCCUGCUGCUCUCGCCGUCAUCGCUGCCGCAACAAUUGGCCAAGGCGCCACAGCGUGUGCUGCAGUCGCGUAGCUACGACUCGAAUCUGUUGCACUCGUCACGCGCCCAGUCGGAGGCGGAGUUUCAGCUGGGACUGCAAUGCCUGCAGCUGCCCUGUGAAUCAGCCGUGGCAUGGACGGGCCGCUCGAUCGGCCCACUGGACGUCAACGUCUACUACCGGCUGAAGCUGAAUGCGAUCGAGCUGCCGCUCGGCCUGCUGCGUCCGCCACUGCUGCCCAACUGUGGACCGAAGGAGGCGGCUGCUCAGCUGAUGGGCGGCCUGGGCUAUAUGAUCGGACAUGAGCUAAUCCAUGGCUUCGACUACGAUGGCAUCAACUACGAUGCAGCCGGACGCGUGGCUGGCGGCCAAUGGCCGGCGCGUGCCAUCAUACGCUUCGGCCUGCGAGCUGGCUGCUAUUUGGGCACACGCUACAGCAAUGCCACGCUGACCAUCAAUGAGAAUAUUGCGGAUAGCGAGGGCUUGCGUUUGGCCUACGAGGCGUAUCGCGUGCAGCAACAGGAGCAGCAGUCGACCAACGCGACGAUGCGUCCAUUUUUUGUCGCCUUUGCACAGAAUUGGUGCGGACAGGCUGUGGCGCCAUCUAGCGGCGGGCAGCAUCACGCAUCGCAUGCGGAACGUGUUAACAACGUUCUGGGCAACUUUCCUGAAUUCGCUGAGGCCUUCAACUGCAAGGCGGGCAGCCCCAUGCAUCCGCCGGACAAGUGUCGCAUCUGGUAGCCGGAAAAAUCAUUUUACGGCUCCUGUGCAGAGAAUACAGCUGAGUAAAGCUUUGAAAUUUUGAA